ACUUCAUCUGUUAUCUCACUCAGCGGCUUAGAAGACAAGAACCAAAGAAAGAGUUGAUGCCAGACUGGUCUUAUCCAAAAAAAUGCGGUAAGGGUUCGCCAUAGUUUUGAACAAUGGCUCUCCUUGUUUCCUUCACUCCCCUCCCUUCUCUCUCAUCAACUCUUGUCAUCACUUCUUCUCCCGUUUCCAGGUUGCACUUCAAAGCCAUUUAUUUCCGCCCAAAAUCUUCCAGUAGGGUUAACAAAAUUCUGCCACUAAUUGUUACUAAAAGAGAUGCUGUGAUUGUAAAAGCCUCUUCUGUCGAUGAUGAAGCAGCUUCACCAGAAGGCGGUGAGGUUGUAUCAAUUGAAAAUCUUCCGUUAGAGUCAAAGGAGCAGGAAAGGUUGGAGCAGAAACAGAGAAUGAAAUUGGCAAAGAAGAUAAGGCUUAGGAGGAAGCGGCUCGUUCGUAAGCGCAUAAUGAGGAAGAAGGGCCGAUGGCCGCCUUCCAAGAUGAAGAAAUUGAAGAAUGUCUGAACUCUUCCUUAGAGCUUCUUGUAGGUUUGUUUCAGUUUCCUCAUGCCAUUUCAAUAGCUUCUUGUAGGUUUGUUUCAGUUUCCUCAUGCCAUUUCAAUUAUAUGUUCUAGAAAGUAGAAAUAAGACUGUUAAUUAUUUUCAAUAUAUCUUUAGGACCUCCAUGGAUCUAUUGUUCAGUUUAAUUCAUAAUUGAAUUACAUUUCUUAUUCAA